CCGUAGUUUUCAGCCAUGGCUUCCUCAGAGCCGCAGGCUCGGUUCGGUCAGUCAGUUAAAGGUUUGUUGUCUGAUAAAGUCGGUUCUUGCAGUGGAGAUGUGAUCGCUCUUACACGCCAGGUAUUAAAGGGAUCGCGUAGCCAAGAGCUGCUCGGUCAGGCAGCCAGGAAUAUGGUUAUCCAAGAAGAUGCCAUUCUGCACUCUGAGGAUAGUCUAAGGAAAAUGUCCAUAAUAACGACUCAUUUGCAAUAUCAGCAAGAAGCCAUUCAGAAGAAUGUGGAGCACUCCAGAAACCUUCAGGACCAGCUUAGACACGUGCUAAAAUAAAGCACCAGCAAGCUAUACUGCUGACAUGUUCAACAUGCACUUGGGUUUGUUCCUCACACCUUGUGCAGGGUUUUGCACACCAAAGACGCACGUGCUUCAAUUGUCCUCUCCGUAACCCUCAUGACCUUCUCAUGCAACAUCUUGUACAAGUUUUUUUUUUUUUCCCUAACCAGUGUUCAAUUAGAUUUUGUUGUUGUUGUUUAAUGAAAAACUGUUGAAAUGAAAUGGUUUUCACUUAUCUCUGCAAGCUGUGUGCAGAAGCAUUUUGAAACGACCUUUUUUAGUCUCUAAAUGCUUGUUGAAAGCCUCAAACUACAAGUAUGAAAAGAAUUCAGUCUGACCUUGUAAAACUUUAGAAGUAAAGAAAAAAUGGUGUAAUUUAUGUCGAUAAUUGUUGCAUUGAAGAAUUAGUUUGUGCUGCUGAAGGUGACUGCCCCAACAUGCCUUAUUUGCCACUCACAACACCACAAAAUGGGUGUUGAGUGGCAAAAAAGCUUGCUUUUGGCAAAAAAAAAAACGCAUAAACAGUUUACUACAGAUUUACAUGUUAAUUUAUUGCCUUUUUAUUUUAAUGAAUAAAUUUCUUUGAUUAAG